AUAAAUAUUCAUAUUUGUAUAAGAAAAGAUUAGACACGUAUGAGCUUAAUAGAAUUAACAGAUCGGCUAUCAAGAACAUUUGAUGCAUGUUUAGAAUCUAUCUUAAGUGAUCCACAAAGAAAAGAAGAAGGUACGAAAGACAGUCUUGAUACCCAUAUUGUUACUUUAAAAACGUCAUUUCUUGAACUUGAAAGUCAAUUAAAGAAUAUUCAACUAAAAGCUCUAAGUAGUAAAGAACUAUCUGUUCAAGAGUCGAAUAAAUUAUUAAGGAAGGAUAUUGAGAUUAAAAAGCAUACGAUAAAUAAAUAUAUGGAUAAAAUAGAAAAAUGGGAAAAGGAAUUACCAGUUUUGAAACAGAAGAGUGAAAAAGCGUUUGCAGUUAGGACUGAUAAAACUGAUUUUGAUCCUAUUGAUGGAUUUGAGGGCAAUACAUUAGCACCUGAGCAACAGCCUGAGCAACAGCCUGAGCAACAGCUUGAGGAUAAUACCAUUAGUGCUGCACAGUCUAAUAAUGAAAAAAGUCAGGAAACAAAUGUUACAGCUAUGGUUGAGGAUGAAGUUGAUGACGAUGAAGAUGAAGAUGUUGAAUUUGAAGAAAUUUAA